CAAGCACUAUACAUACACCCAUCUGUGCCAUGCGUGAUGCAUCUGUGGGUACGUGCUCGACUCAUACGUUUGUAGGUACACGGAUACGGCUCGUAGCUCGACGUGAAUAUACGUACUGGCCUGUCCAGAGUACAGAUACUGGCCGUACAAUAAUAGGUACGUACUCACACUGCCGUCACGGGACGUCUGUCUCGAUGCUUGGGGAAAGUCUUGGACUAGGCUGGAAUUCGACUACGUCUUGCGGCUAUACCUGGGUAGAUACGCACGCACAUACAUACAUACAUACAUUAAUUAGUAGGCAGGCUGGUGAACUAUCCGGACCUUCCUACCUACCCAAGUGCUUUACUGUCCGUCCAUGUUGCAUCUGCCUGAGUGGCGUACCUGGGCCGUGACAUAUUAUCCGUUUGUCAGACACACAUCCACACACAUACGCGCGCGCGCGCGCGCACACACACACACACACACACACACACACGGUUUCUGGCGCAGACCCCAGAAUGACACAUACGCACACACAUACUAUGAGGAUAGGGCGGCGACCAGCGCGCUGACCGACUCGGGUCAUUCUCCAUUCCCGACGACACCGCCCAUGCGGACCGACCUCCCUCCCACGCCCACCAUAAUAGCUUCUCUGUUUUUGCUUGCAAGCCGGCGCAGUCUGUCGUCCAGGGCCGGUAAACCUAGCAAGCAGUUCCUUCUGGUCGGUUCCCCGAGGCCACGAUGCCAGCUCGGACGGGACGCGCCGCCCGAAGCUGUCGGAACAAAGGGGGGGGGAUGGGUGGACUCGGGGAAAAGCAUCAAGACAAGACAAGACAAAGAUAGCAUCCGCGACUCAUGGGAUAGACGGCGAAAAUCUGUUGGCAACAGACGGGACCCAUCGUACCUGCCGCUGUUCCUACCCCGACCAGCCUAUCCCAGCCAUCCUAUCCCAGCUAUCCUAUCCCAGCCAUCUUUCUCCUAUUCUCCCUUCUCCUCUUCAGUCUCGCCUCUCUUUGCCCGCCGCAGAGUCACAAAAGAGGCGGGAAAAGACGAUACAUUGUACAAGUCAUGCAACGGCGCAUUCUGUCUGGAUCAUGUCCCAUUCCAUGCCGCACUCCGGGCCAGACGACUGGGGAUCAGCGGUCACGGGAUCCGGGAAGGGGAAAUUUGCUUCCUGGCUGGAGGAAUGGGCGAUGUCUCCACUUUUCCGGGGGGCGGGGCUCAACUCCGCCGUCCACGUAUCCGUACACUGAGUAUUAUUAUUAUACUAUGUAAACCAGGUAUUUUGCCCCGCUCUUCCUUGUUCUUUUGGCCAUUACGUCGUGGGGUGGUUGUCUGCCUGAGACGAGGACCGGUGAGCGGGACGGUGUACGAUGUACGUCGUAAUGUGCCAUGCGGUGAGUGAGGCUUGCUUGUGUGUUGGCGGUGUCUUGUUGCGAGUCACCCUCCCCGCCCCCCUGGGAGGACACGCC